AUAUAUAUAUGAUUUGAUGCCUGAUUGUGUAUUUAAAAAAACCUACUAUAAAUACUCCCAAAUAUUCUAAUCUAUGUUCAACCAGCCCUAGAACUGGAUUACAGCAUCAGAUCCUCUCAAUUUGUUGGAAGAAAUUUUUUUUUUAAAAAACAAAGAGAUGCAGAUCGUUGUGAAGACGCCUAAUGAGAAGACUAUUACCCUCGAGGUUGAGAGCUCUGAUAGUAUCGAUAAUGUCAAGGCCAAGAUUCAGCUUUUACGGGACAAGGAAGGAAUUCCUCCUGAUCAGCAGAGAUUGAUUUUUGCUGGCAACCAGCUUGAAGAUGGUCGAACUCUGGCAGAUUAUAACAUCCAAAAGGAGUCUACUCUUCACUUGGUUUUGAGGGUUAGGGUAGGGACCAUGAUCAAGGUCAAGACUCUCACUGGGAAAGAAAUUGAGAUUGAUAUAGAACCCACUGAUACCAUUGAUCGGAUUAAGGAACGUGUUGAAGAGAAAGAAGGAAUUCCACCUGUGCAGCAAAGGCUCAUCUAUGCUGGGAAGCAGCUUGGAGAUGACAAGAUGGCUCGUGAGUACAACAUUGAGGGUGGCUCUGUACUUCAUAUUGUGCGCGCACUGAGAGGGGGAAGUCUUUAGAUGCUCUGCUACUAUUAUCAAAAACAUCGGCUUAAAUCAAAUGUUUUACAUAAUAUGGAUGACUCUGCCUGUGAUAUGUGGAUGAUUGAAAAGCAUUAUCUGAUAAUUUCCUUGAGAUGUUAUAGACUUGUUCUGUUCUGAUAGUACUUAUGUGACUCUCUGAGGAAGUUUAAUAGUCUAAAUCUUUUUUCCCCUCAAGAUAAAUUGUGCUUCUGCUUUCAAACCGGCAACUUGUGAGACAACCAAAAGGAAUAACAACUUCCUAUGAUUAAUUAAAUUGAUUAU